GUUCACUAGUAUACAAGCGGCCGUCGAGGUGUCCAGAGCUACCCGGCCGCGUCCUUGUGUCUCCCGCUUACUCCUGGCGGUGGGCUGAGUCCCCCUUGCGACCCUUCUCCGCAUCCACGACCUUCUGUCCCUCACUGCAUCCUCACCUCCCUUUGUCUCUUCCCCGACUGCCGUUCCCGUGUCUGAAAGUCUCCAGUGAGGAACUUCGCACGAGAAAACACAACGAAAGCGGCGGAAAGAUGGGUGUCAGUGCGGGAAAGGAGUGCACGAAGGCCCCCUGCUCACAUAAAAGCGGCGUUGGUUCACGUUACCGCCACUUCGCGUCUCGUUAAAAAGUUCUGACUCACUUCUGUAAACUUCGCCGUCGCAGACAUCGCCAUUGUCUCCGUCGCCGCCGUGCGCUCCUUCCCCGCGGGGACUGAGUGAAGAGCCACGGAGCUCUUUUGACGCUAACAUACAGUACCUGAAGCCUCGCCCAGACGCUAUGUCCCCAAGAACACUUAGAAAAGCUAGUCAGUCACAUGAGAACACCGCCAGGUCGAGGAGGUAGUGUGCUGUCUUGACGCGGGAUGCUGAGCGGGAACACGCAAGCAACGCCGCUACCACGAUCUCAGAACCUCUAGUCAUUUACACUGACGGACACGAACAGUAUCUUACGGCACUAAUCAUAUGUCAUGUUCAAAUCGUUGGGUGAACUCUGGGCGGCAAUGGAGUCCCCGACAGGGCGUGCUAGCGGGUGUGCUUUGCCUCGCGGACACUAGGCAGAGGACGCGUUGAGGGGCGGCAAGAAGAUGAGGUGUGAGCGGGCGAGGAGGUGCAAAGGUACCUCGUUCCUGCAAUCAAAACAAGAGUACCUGCUUUGCCUGUAUAUUGCGUUAAUCAAACACAGUGUUCAGCCCGUUUGUUCAGCGGGCAUGACUUCCGUCGGUUAGGUCGCGUGGGUGGGUCGCGCCUCCACCAGCCCAGAAUGAGCCUCCUAGGGAAGCCUAUCAACUAUAAAACUUCACGCCGGGACGUCCGCUACAGGAAAACACAAGCCAGAGUCUACAACUUCCUAGAGCGGCCGCGGGGAGUGAAGGCAGUCAUCUAUCAUAUGUCCGUGUUCUGCACCAUCUUCAUCUGCCUCACCCUGAGCGUUCUGUCCACGGUAAAGGACUACGAAGACCAAGCUACAGAAGUCCUCUUUUAUAUCGAGUCCUUUGUCGUUGUGUGGUUCACUAUUGAAUAUAUUUUGAGAUUAUGGUCGUCCGGGUGUCGUUCGAGAUACCAGGGGUUUUGGGGCAGGAUGAAGUACGCCAAGAGGCCUUUCUGUUGUAUAGACAUAGUAACCAUAGUGGCCUCGGUCGUGGUGCUGGCAAAUGGGUCCGGCGGGCAGGUGGUGUCUGCCGUGCGGGGCCUGCGUUUCUUCCAGAUUCUGCGCAUGGUGAGGAUGGACAGGCGGGGCGGGACCUGGAAGUUACUAGGCUCUGUCGUGUUUGCGCACAGACAGGAACUCAUCACGACGGUGUACAUAGGGUUCCUGGGGCUGAUCUUCUCCUCCUUCCUCGUCUACCUCGUCGAGAAAGACAACAACGACCACUUCAAAAACUUCCCCGACGCUCUGUGGUGGGGAGUGAUAACGUUGUGCACUGUGGGUUACGGUGACGCUGUGCCCAAGACGUGGGGCGGCAAGAUGAUCGCGUCGGGGUGUGCGCUCCUGGGCAUCUCCUUUUUCGCCCUGCCAGCGGGCAUCCUAGGCUCGGGAUUCGCCUUGAAGGUUCAGCAGCAGCAGCGUCAGAAGCACAUGAUUCGGAGAAGGCAACCGGCGGCCACUCUCAUCCAGUGUCUGUGGCGGUGUUACGCUGCUGAUGAGCACUCCAUGUCAGUGGCCACCUGGAAGAUACACCAGGUGCCUCUUCCUUCACCUCCCUCGAGACAAAUAAGCAUCAAGAUCGAGGAAAAGGAAAAGACCCCUUAUCCUACCUCUAUGAGACAACUGAGUUCGAUCAGGCUGUCUCCGGGCCGAAUCUUCAAGCAUAAUGCAUCCUUCGUGACCAGAUUACCCACAAUCCGCCGCCACAGAAACGCUCACUCGCCAUCCAUCAAAAACAGACACACUGAUUCCAAUCAUGCGUUAGACAACCUAGUCAAUUCUAAUAGAAUAAAUACAAGUCACAGUGAAGAUUCUGUUACGAAAGAGUCUUCUGAUGUGGUUCUAACAAAAAAGAACUCAGACGACGAGGACGAUGACCAACCUCGGGUGCUGCAGCUCACCAACCAACACAAGGCAGCCAUCAGAGCCAUCAGGAAGAUUAGGUACUUCCUUGCCAGGCGUAAGUUCAAAGAGGCCCUAAAACCCUAUGAUGUAAAAGACGUUAUAGAACAAUAUUCCUCGGGCCAUGCAGAUCUGCUAACAAGAGUAAAGUACCUGCACGGGAGGCUGGACCAGAUCCUUGGGAAGCAAGGAUCUAAGGCUAAGGAUGUGUACGAGUCCAAGAUUAGUCUUGCUUCUCGCAUCGUGAAGGUGGAAAGACAGGUUGAUGAUAUUGAGUCUAAAUUGGACCAACUAAUUGACCUGUACAUGGAAGAUCGCAAACGCCUUCUGGCUCUGCCUCCACCUGUGACGGGUCUCCUUCCCACCACACCUACCUCUUCUGCUCCCCUUCCUGGCUCCCCUGACAGCUGCAGCAGUGGCCCCACCACCUCCUUUACCCCAAUAACCAGCUCCUCCACUGUCAUACCCUCAUCUUCCCUGACUGUUCCUGGUGCUCCCCCACCCUACACAUCAGUUCUGAAGCCCAAGCCCAUCCUGGUUGACAAACAGGCAUCUGAACCCAACACACCAACUAACAAGUACUUUGAGAGGCCCAUGACCCGAGGCAACUCUGACGUCUCUCAGAGAAUGAAGAAACGAGUUACCCUAAGACUCCCUUGCAGCUCACUGCCGUCCCGUCAUUCCCUGGAGGCCAAGGAGCCAGACUUGCUGCAGGUGCCUCAGGUGGUGCAGAUUGAGCACGCUGGUGCACCUUACAUCGAGGAAGACUGUGAUCCCCGUAACCAAGACGACGACAGCAGUACAAUCAUGACUGAGUACGAGUCCCUAGAGCCAGCCACCAUCAUGGAAGAGAAUGAGUUCUCCUCCAUCACAAUCCCCACCAUCUCAGCCUCUGUUGCACAGGACACCACACUUCAAGUUCCAGCGCCGACCAUCAUUAGCCACCCCCACCACAGCUCUUCCCACCAUCAUCACGCUGCAGAUUUAAAUCACCAUUACCAUACACCACAUCACACCAGCUACUACUCCCACUACCCUUACACGUAUCACCACUAUCCCCGUCACCAUUACUCACACCAUCUCCCUACUCACCACGAGUCCAGGGUCACGUUGUCACCGCCAACCACGUCACCAUCAUCGUCAUAUGCACUACUGCCCGUCCUUGAGCCCCCAGUAUUGGUGGGGGAGAGCAUCGAGCUGCAUGCAACGGAGACUUCCCAGCUCCUGCCUGCACCUGAAAUAGUAACAAUGGAGGAGUCCUCAUCAUGAUGGUGCAAGAAAGGACACUACUUCUUACUCAGGGCAUUCUAAAAAUCUAGUUUGUUGUCCCCUCCCUUUUAUUUAUUUAUUUUUUUUAAUCAUGCAUUUCCAUUAGUCCUACUCACUCACCUAUUCCAUUGUGUGGGAAUCCACUUACCCUUGUGUCCCUCUUGUUUAUGUUCAGGAUUAAUUUACUGUUUUUUGUGUGUGGGAAGUGCUGGUGGAAGUGACAAUUUAUGUGCUGUUGUUGAUGUUGGUUAAGGUUAGUAAGUGUGUGGUUCCUGUGGAGGAGAGACUCAGGGUUGUCUAGGCUGUUGGUGGCCCCACUCAAAAGACAACAUUUUGAUGUAGCAAAAA